AUGGGCCUUUCUCGCUCCUUUGCGCUCCUUGCCUUGGUGCUGGUGCACCCUUCUGCCGCUGGGACGAACCAGAACAUUGUAACCAUCUGUAGCGCUGUUGAGGGCACAGAUGGCUGCACCAAAAACUUCAAUAUUCCCUAUGAUUCUCGACCCCUGACAAACUGUGGCAACAAGGCUAGCCCGUGCGGAGUCGAGAUCUUGACUAACUCGGAGAACAUUUGUGACAUGAUCAACGAUGUCUUGCCAAACAAGGACUUUGUCAACGGGUAUGCCACAUGGUGUUUAGCAUUGCCUGAUGCCCUUCGCGAGAAGAAGGCCGAGUCCGCCAUCUGGACCGGCGGUAAGGUCAAUGGAGCGACCACUAGGGCCAUGAAUGCCAUUACUUCAAUUGAAAAGGUGAGCGAGACUGACUCUAUGACUGUUGUGUUUGGAUCAUCAUCUAAAUCCCAAAACAGAGAUUUGCCGAUGAAGGUUACGAUCCCAAGGAUAACAAAGCGAGUGUCGUCUCUAAGGAGCUCGCAAACAAGGAUGGAUGGACAGUGCUUCAAGCACCAGAGGUUAGUCAACGUAACCUCCUACAUAUCCCUGGUCACGUCAAUCGAUUUCUGUCAGACCAACUCGUGCAGCCAGAAGCGGCUCGACGUGAUUCGGCAGUGGUUCAUCAACUGGAUCACCGCCGAUACGCAGAUUCGAAAGGGCUCGCUUUCUGUUUUGCUGAAGGGAUGGCAAGAUUCCUUCAAGGGAACCUGGAAAACAAAGAUUGCAGCCAUGUCGACUUCGUGGAACACUCUAAAGGCUCGCUAUGACUCGGCCAAUGCCAAAAUCACGGAAAUACAGGACACUGUUUGCCAAGGCGAUGCAUGCAAGGGCAAGACGGCGGCAGGAUUCAUCAAGCAAGUAUCACUCUUGCUCCAGAGCAUAGACAACCUAUACAGUAUUGGCUACCAAGCUGGCGAUGCAGAGUACAUGAGACAGUACUUUCUCGACAGCUACCUAAACAACAUCCAAACCGCGUACAACCUCGAGCCAAAGAAGCUUGCACCCGUCAGCCCAUAUUACGACCUCGUCGUACCCAACAAGUUGGAGACGUUGCGUAUGCUCAUGAAUGGGUUUGGUACUGUCACAACCAAUUUGGAUUACUAUGCCAAGGAGAUGCAGGCCAACUUUUACUCUUUCACGCCCUUCAAGAAACACGCAACUACGGUUGAUGCAGUCCUCAAGCGCUUCGAUGCCAUCCUCGCCCCAGACUGGAAGAACAACCAGGAGCUCUCACGAACCCCUGAGCUCCGCAAGGUUCGCGACGGCUUCAUCAAGACUCAGAACAUCAUCAAGAGCACCCUACAAAGCCCGGUCGGUGAUUUCUUGAAGGUCAUCAAUGCCUUCAACGAAGAAUUCGCCAAGUUUCCGCUUGCGACUAAGAAGCUUCAGCUUGCCUUUGGAGCCGUCCCCUAUCAACGUUGGAUCGAUGUCGAGUUUGACUACCCCUGCCGAACCAACAAGGAGCAGACUUUUACGGCGGCUGGCUUCUCGAAGGUGUACAAGUGGCCCGAGUUCAGCGCCUGCUCUUUUACUACCCAAAACGUAGAUCUUGUCUCCAACUGGAUUCCUCACAUGAAGUAUCGUUUUGCCUAG